CUGUUUAACCUACAAAAAUAAAUUGUAAAUAUUACGAGUUAGCUAGUAAGGCAACAUAAAAAAAUAAUUACUUGUUAGCUUAUAUAUUAAGUGUUAUAAAAAAUGUUCCGAACCUUACACACAUUAAGAACACAUUGCAGGCGCGCGUGCCGCUUUCAAUCAACAAGCGGUAAAAAUGAUACAGAUGCCGGCGAAGCUGCGCGAAAGCGACAAAAGUCCACGCUAUAUUAUUUAACUGCUGGAGGCAUUUUCGUAGCUGGUGCCAGCUAUGCUGCAGUGCCACUAUAUCGCAUGUUCUGCCAGGCAUACAGCUACGGUGGCACAACGUCGCAGGGGCACGAUGCUGAUAAAGUGGAAACGAUGCAGAAAAUUGAAGACCGUAUAUUAAAAAUACGUUUUAAUGCUGAUAUUGCUGCGUCUAUGCGUUGGAAUUUUAAACCGCAACAAUAUGAGAUCAAAGUUGUGCCUGGAGAAACGGCGUUGGCGUUCUACACAGCACGGAAUCCCACAGAUCACCCAGUUAUUGGAAUUAGCACAUAUAAUGUGCUGCCAUUCGAAGCUGGUGCAUACUUCAACAAAAUACAGUGUUUUUGUUUUGAAGAACAGCAAUUAAAUCCACAUGAGGAGGUGGAUAUGCCUGUAUUCUUCUAUAUCGAUCCGGAAUUUACAAAAGAUCCGAAACUGGAAAAUGUUGAUACGAUAACAUUAUCGUAUACUUUCUUUGAAUCAAAAGAAGGCUUGAAAUUGCAAAUGCCUAGCUAUGUUCGUCCCCAUGUAGCGUAAUGCAUAUUUGUACUAUUGUCUUAGCAUAUUAAGCAUGAACGUCUAAUAAUACUAUUUAUUGACUGCCGCCACUUAGAACUGUUGUAAAUAAAAAAAAUAUAAUUAAUGCAAAAUUAAAAAAAAUAAACAAAUGUUUGAAAUAA